UCUAGACUGUGUUGAGGAAACAAGCCGGCUGAGAUAGAGAAUAGCAUUCUCCUUUAACACACAGAGAGGAAGAGACACUAGACUUCCUGUGUUUCAGUUUAGUCCUCAUUUCUGAAGAACGCCCAGAAAGAAAACGCUACUCAGCCACCAGGAAUACAGCAUCCUGCAUCACAGGGAUAGAACCCACCCACCAGCUCACAACCAGCCAAUCCACACAACUUAUCCUGUCAUCCACUGGAGAGGCGGAGCUUGGAGCUACGCAGCGGAAAACCACUGAGCAGACAAACGCAGAAGACUGAGAGAGAGAGAGAGGGAGAGGGAGAGAAGGAGAAAAAGAGGUCUAAAGCAGGCAGUGUGUGUUAAUCCUCCCUCAGUCAUCAUGUGUCAGCGCAGUCUGCAGCAGCGGCCGGCGCGGAGCACGGGGAAAUGGUUGCAGUUCCCCCAGUUGGCUUUGCGACGGCGUCUGGGCCAACUGAGCUGCAUGUCCCGGCCCACUGUCCGUCUUCGCUCAUGGCCACUCUCCUUCCUCUACUACAUCCUGCCCCUCGGAGCUCUCAAGCCUCUUGCCAAGGUGGGCUGGCGCCCCACCAGCAGGGUUGCUCUGUAUAAAUCCAUCCCCACACGAUUGCUCUCCAGAGCAUGGGGUCGACUGAACCAGGUGGACUUGCCUACUUGGUUGCGGAAGCCCAUUUUCAGCCUUUAUAUCUGGACUUUUGGUGUGAACAUGAAGGAGGCAGCUGUGGAGGACCUCCACCACUACAGGAACUUAGGGGAAUUCUUCAGGCGCAAGCUCAAGCCACAGGUUCGGCCUGUGUGUGAUUCACACUGCGUGACCAGCCCUGCAGAUGGGAAGAUCCUCCACUUUGGCCGAGUGCGAAACUGUGAGGUGGAACAAGUGAAGGGGGUGACCUAUUCUCUGGAAACAUUCCUGGGGCCACACACGUGGACUGACAGUGUGCCCAUCAACAGAAAUGAUGAAGACAAAAGCUCCUUCCAGGACAUGCUGGUUUCCAAGCCUGGAAAUGAACUUUUCCACUGUGUGGUGUACCUGGCUCCAGGAGACUACCACUGCUUCCACUCUCCCACAGACUGGAGGGUAGCUCACAGACGUCACUUUCCUGGUUCUCUGAUGUCGGUGAACCCUGGGGUGGCACGCUGGAUUAAAGAGCUCUUCUGCCACAAUGAGCGGGUUGUCCUCAGCGGGGAGUGGAAACAUGGCUUCUUCUCACUUACCGCUGUAGGAGCCACUAAUGUCGGAUCUAUUCGCAUCUAUUUCGACAAGGAACUUCGAACAAACAGCCCACGCUACAGUAAAGGUUCAUACAACGACUUCAGCUAUGUGUCCAACAACAAUCAGGAAGGUAUCUUCAUGCGUAAGGGUGAACACCUGGGGGAAUUCAACCUGGGCUCCACCAUUGUACUGCUGUUUGAGGCUCCCAGGGACUUCACCUUUAACUUGAAGGCCGGUCAGAAGAUCCAUUUUGGUGAGCCCCUUGGCACUAUAUGAUGCCAGCAGAGGAGAGAACAGCUUUUCUGAACUCGUCAGCACGGUCGCUGGCGUUGUCAAAAACGUACAAGCGAAACCACUGGCAACCACUGGUCACACAGACAGCAAUGUACUCUCACUUCAAAACUGAGACAAACGUGCCCUCAUCUGUACUCACCCACACACAUGAACCACUUUUUGUGUUGUUGCCAUUGGGGUCUCCCCCACCUGUUUGAAAACGGUUUCUACUUCCUGUGUUUUGUAUUGUUUUGCUUUUUGUUUUUGUUUGUUUUGUUUUUGUCCAAUACACAGUUGAAGUGUGAGUAUCGAUCA